UGGAGCAGCGAGUCUAGCGAAAUGUGUAGUCAGUUCUCUCAGCUCCACUCGACGGUGCUUUGCCUCUCUGAUCGUACACAUCAUGGCUGUUAAUAAAUUAAUCAGUUUAGUGCACACGCGAACCGCAUUGUGGGACCAGGGAGACACAAGACACCAUAAUCGAUAUGUACUUGAUAAACUGUGGGGAGAAGUGGCUCAUGAAAUGUGUUCCACGAGUGACGCUGUAAGAGUCAGGUGGAAAUCACUUCGAGAUGGUUUCAGGAAAGAGCUUAAGAAAGUGUCGAAGGAAAUGUCUGGCGAUGUUAGUCUUGCUUCUUCCGAGUAUUCAACCUGGCCUCACUUCAAACGUCUGUAUUUUUUGAAAGACCAGUUCACUUCCCGUCCGAGUAGUGGGGAUCUACCGUCUAAGCAAAACAGAAUUCUAAGAGAUGAUCAGACAGAAACAAGAGACGAAGACAUGGAUAAUUCACAGUUCAGUGAACUGGAUGGUACGUCUAUUGAUAUCUUAGAUAUUAAAGUUGAGUCUUUUGAUUCACUGUAUUCAGACGAACAGCAAACUUCAAACACCGAAUGUUGUACGACAAAACAUGGCACCAAACGUCCACAUCAGGAAGAUACUGACAGCCCUUCUAUGGAGACGGAGAGACGGAAUCUCAGGGCAAAAGAAGACGAACACAAUUCAGCGAAAGAUGAAGACGCCAGUUUCUUUGAAAGUGUGCUUCCACACAUAAAGGGACUUCCACCCGCGAGAAAAAUGCUUCUUCGUAUGAAAAUUCAAGAAUUAAUUUAUAAUUUUGUAUAUAAGCAGGAACUUUAAAUUAAGCAACAGGCGAACUUUCCGGAUAAACAAAAUGGCACAAUUCAUAACGAUAAUGCCAACACAUUCCAUUGCUCAAAUGAGCAGCUGUGGCUAGUACUAAUUUGGUUUCGUCACUUAUAUAUAUAUUGUAUGUAUUUUCAUGAAAAAUAAAAUAAAACUUUCUUUCGCGCUUUGAACAUUAA